ACCAGAUCUAGCAACGCUUUCGUUGAAGUCAACCAAACAGAACCACACCAAGUCGAAGCUUUUUGUACAUACACAAAGCUCACCUGAUGUAGAGGAAAUUCCGGAAUCAAAUCCAAUCGAAGAAAUGUCUAAGAAGACCUGUGCGUACUGUUCCAACCCAAAUCACGAGAUUCUAUCGUGUGGACCGUUCAAAGCGUUGGAUAUAGAUGCCAGAUGGACGGCGAUGCGUCAGAAAGGAUUGUGCAGGAUCUGCUUAAUUCCCCAUCGGAAGUGGCCAUGUCGAUCCGGAAGAGAAUGUGGAGUGGACGGAUGUCGACUUCGUCACCACGAGUUGCUGCAUUCUCGCACAACUGUAAUGACGAACAGUCAGUUUAGAGCCAGUUCAGCUGCCAGCGGGAACGGGAACGUAGUACACAACCAUUAUCAUCAAGUAUUACCAUGUACUCUUUUUCGAUAUUUGCCGGUGACAAUCGAAGCAGGGGAAAAGCGCGUCCACACGUUUGCGUUUCUAGAUGACGGUUCUUCAUCUACACUAAUGGAAGCGGGAAUAGCUGCCAAACUUGGGUUAGAAGGUGCAACUGAAUCACUCUGGCUCAAUUGGACAGGCAAUGUUAGUCGGGAGGAAAAAGAUUCGAAGCGUGUUUCAAUCGUCAUCACCGGAGAAGGUGGGAAGAAUCGUUUCCAAAUGAACAACGUACGCACAGUUAAGAGACUCAACCUACCAAAACAAACGCUACAGUAUGAUGCAUUAACGGAAGCGUAUCCACACCUCAAGGGUCUGCCGGUGCGGAGUUAUUCGGAAGCAAUUCCGGGUAUUAUAGUUGGACUGGAACAUGCACGACUACUCUCCACUUUAAAAAUUCGUGAAGGCAGAGGUGACGAUCCAGUGGCAGCAAAAACAAGACUGGGCUGGUGCAUCUUUGGUAGAAGUUCUGGUGUGGGUCAAUCCUUAGAACGCCUGCAUCAUCAUUCCGAGCAAGAUAUGGGGAAUCGUGAAUUGCACCAACAGAUGAAGAAAUUCUUUGGCAUUGAGGAAGCUAUAAUCACGGUUAAACCUGAAGCAGAAGUUGACAAACGUGCCAGGGAGAUUAUGGAGAAUACCACACGACGAGUAGGGCUUGGCUUCGAGACGGGUCUUGUUUGGAAGCACGACGAUGUAAGCUUCCCGGAUAGUUUCAAGAUGGCAGAGAGGAGAUUGAUCGCACUCGAGAAACGACUGGAGAAAGAUCCUGCGCUAAGGCAAAAAGUUCACGAGCAGAUCGUGUCAUAUGAGGAGAAAGGAUACGCUCAUCGAAUAACCAAGAAUGAAUUGGAUUCAACCGACUCGAGCCGAGUUUGGUAUUUACCCUUAGGGGUCGUACAAAAUCCCAAAAAACCCGGCAAGAUUCGUCUGAUCUGGGAUGCAGCAGCGUGUUCUAAAGGCGUUUGUUUUAACGACAUGUUGCUCAGAGGUCCAGACCUGCUAACGGCGCUCUUUGGCGUACUACUCCGUUUUAGACAGAGGAACAUUGCUAUCUGUGGAGACAUACGAGAAAUGUUCCACCAGAUACGCAUUCGAGACCUCGACAAACAGGCGCAACGGUUCUUGUGGAGAUUUUCCCCUGAUAUGCUUCCACAGAUAUUCGUCAUGGAUGUGGCAACGUUCGGCGCCACCUGUUCGCCUAGCUCGGCGCAGUUCGUCAAGAACAAAAACGCCGAGGAACACGCAUCAAAAUACCCGAGAGCAGCGCACGCCAUUAUUUACAGCCACUAUGUUGAUGACUACCUGGAUAGUGUAGAAACUGAAGAUGACGCGGUACAGUUGUGGAACGAUGUUAAGUUGGUCCAUGCUCGAGGUGGAUUUGAGAUCCGCAAUUUCGUCAGCAACUCAGAUGAAGUUAUGCAGCGAGUGGGAGUGAAGGAUUGUCCUGCAAAUAAGUCGUUGAAUCUGGAUCCGUUGGGAGAAAAGGAGCGAGUUCUUGGCAUGGUGUGGAGACCUGACUCUGACGAUUUCACCUUUGAACCUUCUUUAAAGCCGGAAAUUUUGAAGUUGAUUGUAGAUCGAACAAUUCCGACGAAACGUCAGGUGCUACGAACAGUGAUGUCGCUGUUUGAUCCCCUUGGACUGAUAGCACAUUUCGUGGCACAAGGGAAAAUUCUUAUGCAAGACAUUUGGAGAUCGGGUACAGACUGGGAUGAACAAAUUACCGAGCAUCUAUGGGAGAAAUGGUCUAGGUGGAGUCAACUCAUUUUAGAGUUAGAUGCAGUAAUGAUUCCAAGGUGUUUCUUCAGAGGUGCUAAUAGUGGAGCUCUCAACAGCGUUCAACUGCAUGUGUUCGUCGACGCUAGUGAAGAAGCAUACGCAUGCGUAGCAUACCUACGAAUUGUCGAUGGUGGCAUAAUAAGAUGUGCACUUGUAGCGGCGAAGUCAAAGGUGGCCCCGCUUAAGCCUCUUUCCAUUCCACGAUUGGAGCUGCAGGCCGCGAUGAUAGGUAGUCGUUUGGCAGACAGUAUCUGCAAACACAUAAGUCUCCCCAUCAGUCAACGCUUUCUCUGGCUUGAUUCCGCAACGGUGUUGGCCUGGCUGCGUUCGGAUAGUCGACGUUACCACCCGUUCGUGGCAUUUCGAGUAGGGGAGAUCCUAAGUCUAACCACCGUUGAUGAAUGGCACCAUCUGAAGUCCAAGCACAACGUGGCAGAUGAAGCAACCAAGUGGGGAUCUGGUCCUAGCUUCGAUCCAGAAGGGCGAUGGUUUCAGGGACCACUAUUUCUGAGUAAAUCAGUUGAAAGCUGGCCAGUGAGCAAAGGAGAGAUACCUCCAGCUACAGAAGAGCUCCGGGCUGUUUAUACCCACCAUCAUUCGACGUUCCAACCACUUAUCGAGGUGAAGCGUUUCUCUAAGUGGCACCGACUACUACGCUCCACCGCGUACGUACUAAGAGCAAUCAAAAGGCUCAAAAAGCAGCAGCUUCGUCCUUGGAUAUCAUGCGAUGAGUAUCGUGAAGCGGAAAACCUGCUUUGGCGUCAGGUACAAAUAGAGUGCUAUGCGGAUGAAUAUACAUCACUGCACUAUAAUCAGCAAAACCCCUUGGCGAAUCAAAUGAAACCGUACAAGUGCAGUCAACUGUACCAGCUAACACCGUACAUAGACGAUGUAGGAGUUAUGAGAAUGAACAGCCGAAUAGGGGCUGCACCAAACGCCCCGUUCCAAGCUAAGUAUCCAAUCAUUCUUCCAAACAAUCACCAUCUAACGUCCCUCCUCGUUAACAGCUACCACUGCCGCUUUCUACAUGCGAAUAACGAAACUGUACUCAAUGAGAUGCGACAGCGUUUUCGUAUACCAUCUCUACGAAACUUGAUCAGACGAGUCUCCAAGGAAUGUCCAUGGUGUCGAGUCAACAAGGCGGCCCCACGGCCCCCGAUCAUGGCACCGCUUCCAACAGUGCGUCUAACAUCAUUCGUCCGUCCAUUUACACAUUCAGGAGUUGAUUACUUCGGGCCAAUCUUGGUGAAGCAAGGUCGCAGUCUUGUCAAGCGCUGGGUAGCAUUAUUCACCUGCCUUUCCAUAAGAGCGAUUCACUUGGAAAUAGUGCAUAGUCUCACAACUCAAUCGUGCGUGAUGGCUAUCCGACGAUUUAUAGCGCGCCGAGGAGCACCAGAAACCUUUUAUUCCGACAAUGGCACCAAUUUUAUCGGAGCGAACAACCUAUUGAAGGGUCAGCUUCGGGCGGUCAACGAACAUUGUGCAGCGACGUUCACCAACGCUAGGACGAAAUGGCAGUUCAAUCCUCCCUCCGCACCACAUAUGGGUGGUGCCUGGGAGCGCUUGGUACGCUCGGUCAAAACGGCCAUGGCCACAAUCAGCGAUCAUCCCCACCAUCCCAGCGAUGAGGUGCUGGAAACAGUUGCACUGGAGGCUGAAGCAGUGGUCAACUCCAGACCUCUAACAUAUGUCGCGUUGGAUUCAUCUGAUGCUGAGGCAAUCACUCCGAAUCAUUUCCUGCUUUACGGAACCCGUGGUAUUGAUCAACUACCAACACCUUUAACUGAAGGCGUAGCGACACUUCGAGACAGCUGGAAGUUGGCACAAGGUCUAAUCGAUAAAUUUUGGAGGAGAUGGAUCCGCGAGUAUCUACCAGAAUUGGCGAGGCGUACGAAGUGGUACCAACCAGUGAAGGCAUUGGAGAAAGGAGAUCUUGUUAUAGUGAUCGAUGAGAACAAACGGAAUGGAUGGAUGAGAGGCAGAAUCAUCAACGUUACAGAAGGGAAGGACGGUCAGGUACGCAAAGCUGAAGUCAAAACGGCGAACGGAAUAAUAACACGACCAGCAGUGAAGCUAGCAUUGCUGGAUAUCGUAAAAUGAGUUACGGUGGAAGAAUCUGGGCUAUCCCGGAACUACACGGAAGGGGGAAUGUUGUCGAACCCACCGUGCAACAGACGGCAGUUCUGACAGGAGGGACUAGUGAAUUCCGGGAGCCCUAGACAAUUGGCAACUGCCAUUCAAUGAGAGUGAGACGGAACAGUCAGUUGACAGCUCAGUGUAUUAAGAACAAAAACAAAUGGAAAAAGUGAAGAUAAUAGAGUGAAUAAAAGGAGUAGAAGGAUUUAUAGCGGUAAUUUGGGAAAAUUGAAAUAUUAGGCAGAUUAGAAAGGUAUUAAAAUAGGUGUGAAAAGCCGAAGUAACAAUUGUAUAUUGAACCCGAGGAUUGGAUUGUGUU